CAAAACAUUAAGCAUGUGACACAAAAUGUUUAUGCUUGACUCGGCAACACCGUCAUUUAUGCAAUCUACAAUCUAAACUAAAUACUGUACACUGUACAUAUUACUAGUAUACAACAUAUUAACAUAACCAUUAGAUCAAGAUCCCAUUAAAGAUUCUUUUCAGUACAAGAUCUAGAUCUAGAUCUAUCGUCUAUCUGUCGGCAAAAUAAACUACAAAUAGGCAAGAAAUGGCAGAUAGCAGAACACCAAUAUUGUCUGGAGUCAGACCAGUGCCGCCCCCUGUUGCCAACAGUGCAGAUGGUGCUGCCACCACUGAGUACGCUGUCUACCAUGAUAGUGCUCAGUCUCCAACAUCUAGGUUAAUUCAAGUCUUGUUUGUAGGAUUGGUGGUUGUCAUGGCAUUGGUCAGCAUAUGUUUGUCAAUAUAUCGAGGUGUUGACGUUGAUGCCAAUGGUGGCAUGUACUUUAUGCUGGGCAUCAGUCUGGUUGGGUUUGCUGUUGUGGAGAUUAUAAUGAUCAUAUUCACCAGACGAGGAGAUCUUCCCAAAGGCAAAACCUGGUUCCUUUACUUUGUCGGAUUUUGUGUAAUGCUUGAGUCCAUAUUUACAGAUGUUCUGUUGUUUCAGUAGAACUUAGCAAAGGUUUCUUAUACUGUCAUUUUGUUGGAGUGAAUAAAUUUUAAUCUUAGAUAGCUUGUGAUAUUCAUCCCCGUAAGUUCUUUUAAAAACAUUAAUUUUGCUGUGAAACAAAAAUACACACUAUCUUUCUGUUAAUUUAAAUCUACAUCAAUUAUAAAAAAAUUACAUGAUUAAAAAAUGUAUUUCAUUCCAUUUGUUUUCAAUUAAUAAGAUUUUGAAAUCAAAGCAUUUAUUAGUUACAUGAUUAAGUAUUAAUAGACAUUAAGUGAAAAUACUGACCUUGAUUUAUGCCUGUUAUGAUGUUGAUUCAAAACCAUAAAAUAUCAGAAGCUCAACUGUAUUUUUAAUUUAUGUCCUUUGUUUUUAGCAGUAGAUAUCAGUAAAAUAAUAAUUAUUUUUGGUACUAAAUGAGAUAAAGUAUUGUACUUGUGAAAAUUGGGAUAGGAAUGGUGUUAUUCUUCCUAAGUCCAUACCCUCAGGUCUAAUUAAAUUUAAAAAAAAAAUUAAUGAAUUUUUUUGCCAUUUGUACUUUUCCAAAAUAAGGAUGUAUUGAAAAAAGUUCACUGUCUUCUCAUAAAUCACCUUGCCUACAAGCCCUACCCAGGCUGUAAAACCAAAACAUUAAGUCAACCGUUGGUGCUGUCAGUCAGAGAUUUUAUUCAAGUCCACUUAUAUGAUUUGCUGUUAUUUUUAGAAUGAAAAAGUAAGACAAUAUCUUUAUAUAUCAUGAGCUAGCCACUUUGUGUUUUAGCACAAAUAAUUAAAGAAAAAGGUUCUGAUUUUAAAAGGUGGCUUAUGUAAAUAGCAAAUGCAGCAGUGUCACAAUAAGCAAUCAAAUACAUUAAUUUAAAUUUUUUUAAUUUGUUGUAAGUUUUUAAAAAUGUUAAAUUAGUUAAGUUUAAAAAAAAAAUGGUGAAAAUUUAGUAAUGAUAUAGUGCUCCUUUAUUUUUCUAUAAAAGUUUUUUUUAUAUUGAACUAAGCUUUAUGGUUUCUAUGGUGUAAAUUUUUGUUAUAUUUUAAAAUUAAUAUUAUGUUUUAGUUUCAGUACAAGUGUCUACUUAAAGUGUGUGCAAUAAUUAUAAACUCCAUUUUUCUCUUGAUGCAACUUAUAUUUUCCUAUUAUGUGUUGAUUGCUCAUUAAUCUGAUUAAAAUUUUACUUAGUAUCUGGUGAUUUGAUGUAUGUUAGUUAGAAUCUGUUAAUACUUUGCAAGCAAAAAAAACCCAGCUGUUUUUAAAACUUUAUUUUUUUUCAAAUUGACUUUUAAUUAAUUAAUCUUGGGAUUUUGGUAUAUUUUUAAUUAUGUUAGAGGCAGCUCCUAAAAUCUGUUUACUUACCUUGAAAGUACUGAAGAAAUGUAUUCUUGUAAAUGUAUUAUAUUUACCUGUGAACUUUCAUGUAAAAUUGAUGUAUAUUUUAUUGCUGUUUGUUGUUUUAGUCAUAGUCACCAUUCUGACACAUUCUAUACCAAGUGCCUUAACUCUGUGAGUUUGAAAGGAAGUGCUAUACCUUGGAGUAUAUAUUCUAUGUCUGUAGUUUUUGGAUCUAGUAAAUUAGAGAAACAAAAUGUUGUACUGAUUUAAUUGUUACAGAUUCUGCCAUAGAUAAUAGAGCUGGUUUUUAAAGACCGAUUCGUCCCUGUGAAAUCUUUAAAAUCUUUUUGAUUGUGCAAGAAAAUUAAAUCUUUUAUUUGUAAUGGCGUUUGGAUGCCCACAAUUCCCCAGGGUCAAGACUACCCACUUGUAAAAACACCGUGGUGUAUGUAGUCUAUCAAUCUUAUUAUUGUACUAGACAUAGGCUUAACAAACUUGUGACUGUAGAGUUACCUAAUCAGUCAACCACUUUGUUUCCUAACAUACAAUCCUUAAUUUUUUUACCAUUGUACUGCAUUUAUUGAUACAUGUGCCAUACAGUCUAAUAAAAAAAAGCUUUAAGAAUUAAAUUCUUUCUCACAUUUC